AUGACUUCCCAGAGAACGAACCAAGGCUCGCAACCAACGGCAGCCCUGUCUGCAUGGAUAGCUGGUCUAUCGACGGCGAAGAUACCAGCCGAGAUCAUAACAAGAGCCAAGUAUCUUGUCCUGGACGGCAUAGCCUGCGGCUUGGUUGGUGCUCAGCUUCCAUGGUCGCAACAAGCUGCUGCAGCCAUAUUCGAACUCGAGCCGCAAGGAGACGCCACAGUCAUCGGAUGGAAUAGAAAGAUUCCCGCUCUCUCCGCAGCGCUGCUCAACAGCAGCUUUAUUCAAGGGUUUGAGUUGGACGAUUGGCAUAGUGAAGCUCCGUUGCAUUCGAACUCGAUCUUGUUGCCAGCUCUGCUUGCCGCCUCUCAGCACCAGACUGCGCAAGACUCGAAGGCAAUCUCCGGCGCAGACUUCCUGCUGGCAAUGAUAACUGGAUACGAGACCGGACCACGAGUGGGACUAGGCCUUUACGGAACUCAUAUCCUCAGCACCGGCUGGCACUCUGGCGCAGUCUUUGGUCCAGCUGCAUGUGCUGCGGCUGUUAGCAAGUUGUUUGGCUUGAACGCAGACCAAGUUGAAGAUGCUCUUGCACGGCUUCGCAGCACGUCUGGAUUGCUGGCUGCUUGUCUGGCGCGGAAUGGGUACACGGGGAUACGUGGUGUCCUCGAGCAGGAAUAUGGUGGCUUUCUAAAGCAAUUCAGCCUCGGCAACGGAAAAAGUCCUCCUUUUCGGAGCGGAGAGAUCAUUAUGGGUCUUGGCUCAGUAUGGCAGACGAAUGGUGUGCGGAUCAAGCCAUAUGCCGCCAUGGCUGGCACGCAUCCUACGAUCGACGGUGUGCGAGCUCUGCAGGCUUCCGAUCCCGAACAGAUGCGUGAGAUCUCAGGCAUCUCCAAGAUCACGAUCGAGCUCGGCGAGGCCGCUUACCACCACGGAGGCUGGCAGGCUACACGACCUAUCACCGCCACCGGAGCACAGAUGAGCAAUAUGUUCGUAGCUGCUACGCAGAUCGUACAUGGUCAAGUCCUUCCGGCUCAAUUCCGACAUGAUAUGCUAGAGAACGAUGACGUGUGGCGACUUGUCGAGAUGAGCUCGUGGAUCCAGUCGAGCGAUCCUGAUACACCCUUUGGAAGGCAGACAGUGACCAUUGACUUCUCCGAUGGGUCAAAGAUAUCUCAUCAAGUUGAGGCGGCCCGUGGUGUCGAUCCAGCUCUGAGCAACGAGGAGAUUGUUGCUAAAUUGGAGACUCCUGGCUGGUAG